AUGGCAAACCAGUGCACCACAUCAAGCACUCAAUCGCCUCGGGACAGCUUCAUCAGCGACUCCACAGUCCGCCUCAGCAAACCCGUUUGCCUACUAAGGUCACAAGCCUCACGAUCGCAAAAGGAACAAGCCAAAGCCACAACCCUGACAGCAGAAGCCUUAGCCAUGCUAGAGCCCACGAACAAGAUGCACACCGCAGCUUACAAUCACAAUCGCAUCAAAAACUUUAUAAAUCAACUGCCUGCUCCAGACACUUCACCAGAGCAUGAUGAAAGUCCAGAUGCCAUCCAUUAUCCAGACCUCACUACAUUAGCCAAAGAGACCGAAGGACAAACACACUACUACACACCGCCCUUCCAUCCUCACCAUAUGCACAUCUACAACCGCUUCCAAGAGAUGCGACGUGAAGAGCCUUGGGCAGAGUUUCAUACCCAUAACGCAUGGUUGAGCCUGGAAUACUCUGAGAACGGCAACGUGUGUAUGUAUGUGGGUGUUGGGGACAUGCAACAUCAUGACGGGAUCACUAAGCACAUGAUCUGGUUGAGAGACAAAUGGCUUGGCGUCGAGGUGGGUAUAUCGUACUAUCUCAUGGAGUAUGAGGAUGAUGGCCAGGUAGACAAGACGGAGGCUGAUCAGAAGGGAGACAAGGGAAAGUUGAGCAGAAGGGAACCAAGAAGUGCGGCCGAAAGAGGUUGGGAUUCGAGAAUGAGGGAUUACACGAUGUGUCAAUUUGCCGCGACUUUCGUGUAA